AUGCACCCUCCUGCAAAAGCUGCUUUGGAAGUGAGUUUCCUCGCCAGAGCCCCGGCUGGACAGGCGGCGGCUCGCACACACCGCAGAGAGCAGCGCCCACGCCGGGCCGCGAGCGCGCAGCGCAGGGGCGCAGCCCGGGGCGGACACGGCGAGCCCCCCGGCGGUCCUGCAGUCCCGCCGGCUCCCGCCGAUCGGCCACGGCUCCGCUGCCAGCCGCCCGGGAUUAUUGGCUUCUGGCUCCGGCGGCAGCGGAGAAGGCAGCGCGCUGGGCGCUGGUGGCCGCCGCGCCAGCUCCUCCUCCUCCUCCUCCUCCCGCUGCUGCGGCUCCCGCUCCCCGGGCGAGCGCGCAGCCCCGAGCCCGCCCCGCGCCUCCCGGAGCCCGCCCCCCGCUGCUCCCAUGCGCGCGGGAGGGUCAUGAGCACAGCGCCCUCGCUUUCUGCCCUGAGAAGCAGUAAGCACAGCGGCGGCGGCGGCGCGGACCCGGCCUGGACCAGCGCGCUCUCUGGAAAUAGCUGCGGCCCCGGCCCCGGCUCGUCCCCGGCCGGCAGCACCAAGCCUUUUGUGCACGCCGUGCCCCCUUCGGACCCUCUCCGCCAGGCCAACCGGCUGCCCAUCAAGGUGCUGAAGAUGCUGACCGCACGGACUGGCCACAUUUUGCACCCCGAGUACCUGCAGCCCCUGCCCUCCACGCCCGUCAGCCCCAUCGAGCUGGAUGCGAAGAAGAGCCCGCUGGCGCUGCUGGCGCAGACCUGCUCACAGAUCGGGAAGCCCGACCCCUCGCCCUCCUCCAAACUCUCCUCCGUCGCCUCCACCGGGGGCGGCGCGGGCGGUGCCGGCGGCGCCGGGAGCGACAAGGACGGCAAGCCCGGGCCCCUCAAGCUGAGCGACAUCGGCGUGGAGGACAAGUCGAGCUUCAAGCCGUACUCCAAGCCCGGCUCGGAUAAGAAGGAGCCGGGAGGCGGCGGCGGCGGGGGCGGCGGCGGCGGGGGGGUGUCGGCGGAGAAGUCCGGAUUCCGAGUCCCGAGCGCCACCUGCCAGCCAUUCACGCCCAGGACAGGCAGCCCCAGCUCCAGCGCCUCGGCCUGCUCGCCGGGAGGCAUGUUGCCUUCUGCCGGGGGCGGCCCGGAGGGCAAGGACUUGGACAAGAAGGACCCGGACGCGGGCGGCGGCGGCGGCGGCGGCGGAGGCGGCGGCAAGGGCUCUGGGGGCGCCUCGGCCGAUGGGGCGCCCGCCGGGCUGGCUGCUCACGGCCGGAUUAGCUGCGGCGGCGGCGGCGGGAUGAACGUGGACGUGAACCAGCACCCAGACGGGGGCCCCGGGGGCAAGGCUCUGGGCUCGGACUGCGGCGGCGGCUCGUCCGGCUCCAGCUCCGGCUCGGGCCCCAGCGCACCCGCCGCCUCCUCGGUGCUGAGCUCCGGGCUGGUGGCCCCGGUGUCGCCCUACAAGCCGGGCCAGACGGUGUUCCCGCUGCCUCCCGCGGGCAUGACCUACCCGGGCAGCCUGGCGGGGGCCUACGCGGGCUACCCACCCCAGUUCCUGCCGCACGGCGUGGCCCUGGACCCCACCAAGCCGGGCAGCCUGGUGGGCGCGCAGCUGGCGGCGGCCGCGGCGGGCUCCCUGGGCUGCAGCAAGCCGGCGGGCUCCAGCCCCCUGGCCGGGGCGUCGCCGCCCUCGGUGAUGACGGCCAGCCUGUGCCGGGACCCGUACUGCCUGAGCUACCACUGCGCCAGCCACCUGGCGGGGGCCGCGGCCGCCAGCGCCUCGUGCGCCCACGACCCGGCGGCUGCGGCGGCGGCGCUCAAGUCCGGGUACCCGCUGGUGUACCCCGCGCACCCGCUGCACGGCGUGCACUCGUCGCUGACGGCCGCCGGGGCCACGCCGCCCUCCCUGGCCGGCCACCCCCUCUACCCCUACGGCUUCAUGCUCCCCAACGACCCGCUGCCCCACAUCUGCAACUGGGUGUCGGCGAACGGGCCGUGCGACAAGCGCUUCGCCACGUCCGAAGAGCUGCUGAGCCACUUGCGGACCCACACGGCCUUCCCGGGGACGGACAAACUGCUGUCGGGCUACCCCAGCUCGUCCUCGCUGGCCAGCGCCGCGGCGGCCGCCAUGGCCUGCCACAUGCACAUCCCCACGUCGUCGGGGGCGCCGGGCAGCCCGGGGGCGCUGGCGCUGCGCAGCCCGCACCACGCGCUGGGACUCAGCAGCCGCUACCACCCCUACUCCAAGAGCCCGCUGCCCACCCCCGGCGCGCCCGUGCCCGUGCCCGCGGCCACCGGACCCUACUACUCCCCCUACGCCCUCUACGGACAGAGACUGACCACCGCCUCGGCGCUGGGCUACCAGUGA